UCGUUAAAGAUAAUAUCAUCUUGUUUAAAGACAGUAUCUACGAAUGCUAGCACUGUUGCUUCUACUGUACGCUCUGCUGGCGCCUCAGUUGCUGCUUCUAUUUCUACUUCUUCUGAAGAUCAAAAAGAUCAGGUGACAUGGGCUGGCUUUGAUUGCCUAGAGCUUGGUCCAUCUGUCUGCAAACAAGUUCUCUUACUUGGUUAUCAGAAUGGUUUUCAAGUCUAUGAUGUGGAGGAUGCCUCUAACUUCAGUGAACUCGUUUCGAGGCAUGAUGGUGCUGUUUCAUUCUUACAAAUGCAACCUUUGCCUGUGAAAUCCAAUGGGCAUGAAGGAUUCAGAAAGUUACAUCCUUUCCUGCUGGUUGUUGCAGGGGAAGACAUUAAUGGUUUAAGCUUGGGUCAAAAUCAUAGUCAUCUGGGUGGGGCCCGAGAUGGUAAUGUGGAGUCUCAGUCGGUAAACUGUGUCAACUCUCCUACAGCUGUUCGGUUUUAUUCCUUUCAGUCUCAUUGUUAUGAGCAUGUCCUGAGAUUCCGGUCAUCUGUGUGCAUGGUUAGAUGCAGUCCUCGAAUAGUAGCUGUGGGUCUUGCCACGCAGAUAUACUGUUUUGAUGCACUCACUCUUGAGAAUAAGUUCAGUGUCCUAACCUACCCUGUUCCUCAGCUAUCUGGGCCAGGAGCAAUUGGGGUUAAUGUGGGUUAUGGUCCUUUGGCUGUUGGUCCGAGGUGGUUAGCCUAUGCUUCCAACAACCCAUUGUUGUCAAAUUCAGGACGCUUAAGCCCACAAAACCUAACACCUCCAGGUGUCAGUCCCUCAACAUCGCCUGGUGGCAGUAGUUUGAUGGCUCGGUAUGCAAUGGAGUCUAGUAAACAGUUUGCUGCUGGCCUCAUCAACCUGGGGGACAUGGGAUACAAAACUUUGUCAAAGUAUUGUCAAGAGCUGCUUCCUGAUGGAUCUAAUUCUCCAGUAUCACCAAAUUCAGUCUGGAAAGUUGGUAGACACACUGGGGCAGAUAUGGACAAUGCAGGAAUGGUUAGUUGUGUCAAAGAUUUUGUUUAAGCAGUUAUAUCGCAAUUUAAAGCUCAUACCAGUCCGAUAUCUGCUUUAUGUUUUGACCAGGGACACUUCUGGUAAACUGCCUCAGUGUAUGGGAAUAACAUUAACAUAUUCCGGAUAAUGCCAUCCUGCACACGAAGUGGAUCAGGCACUCGAAGCUAUGACUGGAGUUCUUCUCAUGUGCAUCUUUACAAGCUACAUCGUGGAAUAACAUCAGCUAUGAUCCAAGACAUUUGCUUUAGCAAUUAUAGUCAGUGGAUUGCGAUUGUUUCAUCAAAGGGGACUUGCCAUGUUUUUGUUUUAUCUCCUUUUGGUGGUGAUUCUGGAUUUCAGACUCUUAAUUCUCAGGGUGGAAAACUAUCUUUGUUUCCUACUUUAUCUCUACCUUGGUGGUCUAGCUCAUCUGGCAUCAGUGAUCAGCAGUGUUUGCCACCCCCGCCACCUGUUUCCCUCUCUGUCGUGAGCAGGAUAAAGUAUAGUAGUUUUGGAUGGCUUAAUACAGUAAGCAAUGCUGCUGGAUCCUCAACAGGGAAAGUUUUUGUGCCAUCUGGUGCUGUUGCUGCUAUUUUUCAUAAUUCUAUAUCUCAGAGUCUGCAGCAUGUUAACUCGAGAGCCAAUUCAUUGGAGCAUCUGUUGGUUUUUACCCCAUCAGGUCAUGUUGUUCAGCAUGAGCUUCUGCCAUCAAUUGGUAUGGAAUCAGGUGAGAGUGAUUUAAGAACCAGGACAGCUUCUUCGUUGCAUGUACAAGAAGAUGACUUACGGGUGAGAGUUGAACCUGUACAAUGGUGGGAUGUCUGCAGGCGAUCAGAUUGGCCAGAAAGAGAAGAAUCUAUUUUCGAGGCGACUUGUGAUAGACAAGUUGCUGCUGAAAUAGUUCAAAGCAAAUCAGAUUGUGAGGAUAAUCAUGGAAUUGAUUUUCUGGACAUUAAUGAUUGUGUUGGUGGAAAAAGUACUGAAAAAACUUAUUCUGUAAAGUCCCAUGAGAGAUCCCACUGGUAUUUAUCUAAUGCAGAGGUGCAGGUUAGCUCUGUUAGGUUACCAAUAUGGCAAAAUUCUAAGAUUUUUUUCUUUAUGAUGGGUUCCCCAAGAGUUAAUAAUUUUGUUAGUGGAGAGUUUGAAAUCGAAAAGGCCCUAGUCCAUGAGGUUGAAAUGAGACGGAAGGAGUUGUUGCCAGUUUUUGAACAUUUUCAUAGCAUCAAAUUAAGCUGGAAUGGCAGGAUUCUUGCUGGGGAAAAGUGUCCUCAUUCUUUGUCUCCAGAGCCCCAUCAAGCCGAGGAAAAAAUCCCGCAAGAGACUGUCAUUUGUCACUCAAAGCCAGCAUCACUUAGCUCUACCGAAAGUUCUGAAGGAGGUUCCUCGAGGAGAAUGGAGCAUUUGCUUGAUUUGGAUCAAGUGAAUCAUGAGAAAUCUUAUAUACCCACAGGCCAGGUUCUGAAUGAGAUGUACCAGGGAAGACAAGAUAGUACCCUGGUUGAACCAUCCACUCUGAAUAAAAAAUCCUUAGACCAUGCAUCUUCGCCAUCUGACUAUUCAAAAAAAGUUAAUUCUCAUGGUAACAAUCACAUUCCAAAUGGUCUGCCCUUGUUAGAGAGUAACUUGCCUCCUCCAGGAAGGAAUCCUGGUGGACUUGGUGAUAUUUCAAUGUUGACUGCUGAUUAUUUUGAUUCAAAUAUGAAUGUUGUGGAGGGACCGGGACUCCCUUCAGUACAUGCUCCCGUAAAUUUUGGGCUGUCUUUGCAAGAGGGGCAUUGUAAAGCAUUGAAGCAUGAUGAAUGCCGCAAGUCAACUGAAGUUGUAAACGAUGAUGUUGAUAGCAGCAGCAGCCACUGUGAGAGGGAAAAACUUGAAGAAGAUGGGGAAAAUGAUGAAAUGUUCAGUGGCAUGUUUGCAUUUUCCGAAGAAGGGUGAUCCAUAGAAACUGCAAUUUUGGCGUUUAAAGAAACAAUCUCCAGCCAAAAUUGUUGUAUAAAACUUGGUUCCAGUUGUUGUGAUGAUGAAAAGAGUUAACAGUGUGAAUAAGAGGGUGUGGGUUUGGUUGGCAAUACAAGGCAGAGCUUCAUCAUCGUCACAUUCUCUCUCUUUUCUCAAUUUCACUUGUACAUUUUGUAGAUGGAAAUUCGUAAAUUCAUGGAUGGUGCUAGGUUUGGGGCAAGGUUGAAAUCUAAAACUCUUGGUAGAAUUUGAUUUGGGUUUACAUUCCCUGUCAUGAACCAUCUAUCAAGCCAGUCUGUAUAGAUAAAUUCUGUGUGAACAAUUUCUUUGCAAAUUGUAUAACAUAUUUGUUUCUCCAAAAGGAAAAAAAGAAGAGAAAAAAAAGGGGGCCGGGGUAGUUUUGUUUGUG